AUGCAGUAUCAACAAGUCCCAGCUGCUCGGCUAGACGCCGAGAAGAAAAUGACCGACUUCAAGCAGAGCAAUACUGCCAAGUACCUGACCUCACUUUACUCGGUAUCGACACCGACGGAGCUGGCUAGCAUCUACGACACCUGGGCCGACUCGUACGACGUCGACGUCGUCCAGCGCAACGUCGAGUACGUGGCGCCGCGCGCGACCGCUCUCCGCGCCCAGACCGAGGGCGGCAACAUGGCCGGGAGCAUCCUGGACGCCGGCUGCGGCACGGGCCUCGUCGGGGUCGCCCUGGCGCAGCUCGGGGCCCGGACCAUUGACGGCAUGGACCUGUCCCCGGGCAUGCUAGGAGCGGCCCGCAAGACGGGCGCCUACAGCGACCUGUCCGUCGCCGACAUGAGCGAGCAAAUCGACAAGCCGGACGCGUCUUACGACGUAAUCACCUGCUGCGGCACGUUUACUGCGGGUCACGUCGGCCCUGACCCGGCGAUCAAGGAGCUCGUGCGUCUUGCGAGGCCGGGCGGCGUGGUGGUUGCGACCAUUACAGAUGCCGUCUUCGACAGGGAUGGAUAUCGUGCCGAGAUUGAGAGGCUGGCUAGCGAAGGGCUAAUUACAAUCGUAGCGAUGGAGAAGGAGCCUUAUCGUAUUGGGUCCAAUACGUGGGCUCACAUGGUGGUGUUGCGCCGAAAGUAA